AUGACGGCUCCAUCAAUACAAAAAGACAUUUGUAAUUGUUUUGCAGAAGAAGUGUUAAAGAUGAUAUUUGAAGAGCUUGGUGAUGAUGUCUUUUCUUUAUUAGUUGAUGAAUCGAGGGAUAUUUCUAAAAAGGAACAAAUGGCUGUGGUUUUGAGAUUUGUUGAUAAAUUAGGAUUUGUGAAGGAGCGAUAUAUUGGUGUAGUUCAUGUUAUGGAAACAACCGCUUUAUCUCUUAAAUCUGCAAUUGAUGAAUUAUUUGCUCACCGCAAUUUGAGCUUGGGUAGGGUUAGAGGCCAAGGAUAUGACGGUGCAAGCAACAUGUCCGGUGAGUUUAAUGGUUUGAAAACUUUGAUUUUGAAAGAAAAUUCUUCGGCAUAUUAUGUUCAUUGUUUUGCCCACCAACUUCAACUUGUUGUUGUGGCCCUUGCAAACAAGCAUCUUGAAAUUUGUAGAUUUUUUAAGGAAAUAACAGAUUUAAUAAAUGUUGUUGGUGCAUCGUGCAAACGAAUAGAUUUGCUAAGAGAAAGUCAAAGAGAGCUUUUGGCAUUGAAUCCGGAAGUUGUAAUCGGAAGUGGAAAUAGUCAAGAAAUGGCACUUACAAGGCCCGGAGAUACACGUUGGAGCUCUCACGAAAAAACACUUCUUCGGUUGCUUACCUUAUAUCCUUGUGUUAUUGAAGUGCUUGAAUAUAUAGAAACUUCGGCAUGGGAACCAAUUCACAAAACUCAAGCAAAUGGACUUCAGUUAUACAUGAAAAGUUUCAAGUUUGUAUUUUAUUUACAUUUGAUGAAACAUAUCUUGGGAGUUACUAACUUAUUGUGUGUCGCUCUUCAAAGAAAGAAUCAAGAUAUUUUGAAUGCAGUUGAGCUAGUUAGAUCAAUCAAAGAAGAAUUACAAAGGUAUCGACUUGAAGGCUUUGACUCACUUUUAAAAGAUGUUACAUCCUUUUGUGACAAGUAUGAUAUUGAGAUGAUUAACAUGGAAGAUGAGUAUGUUGACCCGAAAAACAGAAGAAGAAAGACCAACAUCACCAAUCGUCAUCAUUUUGUGGUCAAUAAUUUCAACACGGUUCUCGACAUGCAAAUUCAAGAGCUUGGAAACCGUUUUAACGAGGUAACCACUAACUUGCUUACGUGUAUGAGUUCUUUGAGCCUGCGUGAUAAUUUUAGUUCCUUUAAUAAACUAAAUUUGCUAAAGUUGGCCGAAAUGUAUCCGUAUGAUUUUACUUUUGAUGAAAAAGAUAAUGUGACACUCUAG